AUGCACACACUCUGGGGUAGCCAUGCCUUUGCACUGGAUGUCAUUGCCAACGAGGAAUUCUUGGAGCGGGCACAGGACGCACCGAUCGAUGUUUUACUCAUCUCGAGCUCUCCGAUUCAUCGUUGGGAACUGGGGGUGCAACAUGUCCUUCGGGCAAGGGCGCUUGAGGCGUCAGGCGGCGCUCCAUUGGAAGCCCUUACGCAGGGAUUGGGCGGAUGUUUCCGUCUCUUGGAGACGAUGCGCCUGUUGACAGUCACCAAGACCGUCAUAUCCUUGCCACAAACGUUCUCAGCGCCCAACCUGCGUACUUUGCGCCUUUCGGACGUCGUUUUGGACUUUGGUGCAGUCCGGUCCACAAAUCUGACAACACUCGCGCUACACAUCUCAUACCAUCACCCAAACAUGUCAUUGCCUAUGGACUUUCUUGACUUCUUGAUGUCUUGUCCCGGCCUUCGCGAAUUGGACCUUCGUGGAUGUAUACCGCAUCUUCGGACAGAGUCCAUAAGAGAGGAGAUAAUGCCCAUCUCUCUUCCCUGGCUCGCGGAACUCACUCUAGUGCAGAACCGCGCCGCCAUAGUCCGAUUCUGGAGUGUGCUGAGAAUACCCUCCACCGCUUCAAUCAACAUUUCAUUCGAUGAUGCGCGCAUGCUUGACGCCAGUCCGCUGAUGACAUACAUCGAGGAUACCUACGUCUUCUCAUCUCACGUCCUUGCAAAUAAUGGUGCUCUGCCACCAGUGUCGGCGCUGAAGAUAGCAGCCGUUAACGACGGGAACAUGUUCUACAUCUGUCUCAGGCUUUACCAUCCAGGACGUGGUACAGGUACCACAUGUACCCUGGAUAAGUCGGCUACGACAUGGACACGCAAGCUUUCAUUCGACUGCUCGGUGCAUCGAUGGACGGCAUCAGAGCUCGCGGCCGCCAUAGGACGCUUCUCUUCCAUAUUCCGACUUUCCCCCGCUAUAAAGCUGCUGUCCAUCGAGGGCGACGGUAUCCACCAAUGUCUCCAUCAAGCCGGGCUCCCACCCGUAUACGAGCAAUUUCAUGCCGUUCAAACCCUCCAUCUGGAUUUCUACAGAGAACCCGAAGCGUUUACGCCUCUCGGAAACCUCUUCUACGCCCAUGACUCAUCGUGUCAGACAUCAUCCCCGCCUUGCCCCGCACUCGAGACUUUAUAUCUAUCCAAUUUUCUCGUCGACGUCGAUGAGGAUCAUCAUAACUUCGACUAUAUUUGUCACCCAUUGGGAGAGACGCUGUACAAGCGCAACAAGCAUGGCUAUCGUGUCAGGACCUUAGACUUGGAACACGCCGAGGUAUCUCCGUUACAGCACCACUAUCUAUCCUCUUUCGUCGACAGCAUCCGCGUUUACCCAUGA